AUGCGGAUCAGCGGCGGCGGGCACGCCGCGCCUGCGCUGGGGGAGGAGGCGGCGGGGGUGGUGAUGCGGGCGGCGAGCCUGGCGGCGCGGCGAGGGCACGCGCAGGUCACGCCGCUCCACGUCGCCAGCGCCGUGCUCUCGGCCUCGCCAGCGCUCCUCCUCCGCUCAUCGAACCCGAGCUCCUCCCUUCCGUUACAGUACUGCAGCGCGCUCGGGGUCUGCCUGGGCGUGGCGCUCGACCGUCUCGCCGUCGUGCCUUACCCCCACCACUGCUACACGCACGUCCCGGCGCCGUCGAACGCGCUCGUGGCCGCGCUCAACGUCGACCGCGUCGUGCGCGCCGCGGCAAGCUUCGCGGAGUCCCUGCACGUUGCCGACGCGCACGCGGCCGGCUCGUUGGAGCAGUCAAAUCGGGGCGCGGACUAUGAUGAUCGAACUAAUAAUUCUCCGACUCCGGCCUUCUUUGACGACACCGAGGUACUCGCGACGCCGGCGGCGACCCUUCCUCCGUGGUUCCGCCGCUACCAAGAUACACUGCUCGCCGGGUCAACACACGUUACACACGCCGCCGCCAGCCUGCAGGCAGAUGCACAGGCAGAUCACCAUCACCGCGGCCAGUGGAAGUUCACAGAGAUGACCGCGGAGAACCUCAAGACCCUGUGCGGCACGCUCGAGCUCCGCGUCCCGCGGCAGCACCGGGGCAUCAUUCCCGGCAUAUCGAGCGUCGUGCUCCGGUGCCGGUCCGGCAUGGCGAGGAACAAGCCGAGUGCUACUAUCAACUCGUCCUCGUCGUCGACCUGGCUGCUCUUUCGAGGAACCGACAACGGCGGCGGUAAGAGGGCGGUCGCUCGGGAGCUCGCCAGGCUCGUGUUUGGCUCCUACUAUGAGUUCACAGUCCUCGAGGGUAACCCCGCGAGCAGCGGCAAAUUCGGCCUCAGGAGGCAGAGAUCAUGGGACUUCGAUGGCGGCAGCGGCUACGUGGGGGAAAGGCUAUUCGAGGCGAUCCGAGAAAACCCUCAUCGCGUUAUAUUGAUCAAUGGUGUUGACUGGAUGGAUUGUGAUUCGGAGACCCUCGUCAAGAACGCGGCGAAGGAAGGAAUGGUGAAGGGCAGGAAUGGUGAGGUUGUCAGCUUGGAUGAUGCGAUCAUGGUGCUAGCGAGCACUGGAGCGGCCGUCGACUUGAGGUCGUCCGCGGCUUGCUCCCCGCAGGUGAAGAAGCGAAGAUUAAUCGGUACACGGGACGAGGAGGAUGAAGGAGGAGACUUGGUGGAGAUGGGAGUGAGAUCAGGCAGGUUUAGUUUUGAUCUGAAUGCUUGCGCGGAGGAGGAUGGGAAAGAAGAGGAGGAAGACUAUUUGGCGGAUGAGGAAGCAGGGAUCGUGGAUGUUGUGGACGGUGUUUUCUGUUUCGAUUAGCUGAGAAUUUCAUUUGAAACCACCCCACAAUCAACUCGUUUAGAUCAGUUUUGGAAUUUCAUUUGAAACCACCCCUCUCUUCUUUGGCGUCAAAUUCUGGUCGACUCACCUCAUGUCAACCUAGC